AUGAUUGGAAUCCAUUCCCUUCCACUGGAAACUCUUACGCACAUCUUUCGUUUGUUUUUCAUAGAAGACGACGACUUUAUAUGGGACUUCGAGCGCGUCUAUUGUGACAUCCUAGAGGCUAAUCGGGCCCUGGAAGAGACCAUGUUGGUCUGCAAGCACUGGUAUUUUGCCGCGAAAUCGUUCCCCCGCUUAUGGACCAGGAUCCCCGUGUCUUGGCCAAUGGGUGUCGCAGCACUUGAGACGCGCCUGCGGCGGUCCGCGCCGCUUCCGGUCAAGAUAUACAUGACAUCGUCGGAUCUUAACUUGCUCAGGUUGCUCAACAACUACGCGGCACGACUCCAAGAAUUCCACGUGAACACCGAUUAUAACUUGACCGACGACGAGGCAGCUGAUGGUGUCGAGAUUAUGGUCAACCCCGCACCAUUACUUGAACGUCUAUCGUUUGUCUGGUAUUACCGAUUCCACUGGGGCGAUACGCUGGACGGGUUAUUUGGGGGAGUAAUGCCUCGUUUGACAAAACUGUGCAUUUAUCCAUGCGAGCCCUUCCCUCAGGACCAGUUCCGAAACCUUACUCGUCUGCACCUCAUUCGCCAGGCUGACCAGGGGACAUACACUCUCCCAGAACUAUUGGACACCCUCCGGGCAAACCCCACCCUUGAAGAACUAAUUCUAUGGGCUGCUGUUCCUGCGAACUGCCCUGGACACAGAGAGGGAAGCUUCCUUGACUGUGUACCGCUGCCGAAGCUUCGUAUUCUCCAUCUGACCUAUUACUGGCCGGAAGACAUACACCUCUUCUGUCACAUGGUACUGCCACGCGGGGUCCACACUGUCAUUCAAGAACUCCCUAUCGAAGGUACAAGUUCGGGCAUAGAACGAUAUCUUCCCAUGAUCUUCAACAUGUGGAAAAGAUUGUACGUUGUCGCCAAGAUGAGUAUCAGCUAUUGCGACUCUGUCUGGGACAUGCUUGGGAUAGAGAGUUCGGCAGAACGGGGAGGGGGUUCGGCAUUUCGAUUUAGAUGUCGUCUUUCUCCACGCAGCUGUCGAUUUUUCUCAGUAUUGCUGAUGGGAACUCUUGGCCUCGAUCGGCUUUCGGAGCUCUGGUUCGAAUCAUACAUGGCGGACGCGGAGAAAAUCUUUGAGGAGCGAAUGUGGGUGGCAGUGCUGGCUGCUGCGCCGUCUCUGCACACCAUUUGUGUACGUGGUUGUGUAACCAUUCCCAUCUUGACAGCGCUCAUCUACCGCUCAAACGAAAAUGUUGCGCCUGUUCCUUGUCCUCUGUUGCAGACUGUCAAAAUCUACGACGAGCCGCGGAUAUCUUCGACGGCGUUGAAUAUCUUUACGAUGUAUCGGCACCAAGUUGGAUACCCUAUCUCAGAACUCGAGAUAAGCUUCAAGACAGAUGCAGAAUCCGUGCCACAGCAGGGAGACGUUCAAGCAUGCGUGGGUAGCAUUCUGUCUUUGGGUGUUAUACGAAGAGCCGACAUACGUUAUGCUGUCGAAAUGGAUGACCGGCCGAGAGUAUGCCCGCCUCCAAUUUGUACCAGGGGAUCUGAGCAUGGACAAGACUUUGCUCCUCAUCCACCCCCAGACAAGCCCACGUGCACUAUACGAUUGCAUCAUUGA